AUGACAGAAAACAAGCACUUGGUUCAAAUGAAUGCAGACAUUGAAAAUGCUCGUAAAAAGGCAGAUUUCUCCAGUGAAUCCAUGCUGCAUUUGCUUCGUGGAGGCCCAAAAGCCAUUGAAAAGUUGAAUCAAAUGAGAGCUUUAGCAGAGCAAGAGCCCCUAUUCGACAAAUCCAAGUUCCCUUUCCAAAGUCGUCAAGAACAACUGUAUCAAUCGUUGCUCAUUUCAAAGCGAUUGAUCGACUUGAUUGAAGAGAAAAACCUAGGCGACGAAGAGUUUGCCACCUUGUUCAGACAGCUUGAAAUGCUGACACCUCUUGCCCUUCAUUAUUCAGCUUUCAUGCCUGUCAUUAAAUCACAAGGCACAGCCGAGCAAGUUGAAAAGUGGUAUAACGCAUCCAAGAGACAUGCCAUCAUUGGCUGCUAUGCACAAACGGAACUAAGUCAUGGCUCCAAUGUAUUGGGAUUGAACACUGUCGCUGUGUACGAUCAAAAGUCGGACGAAUUCAUUAUCCAUAGUCCAGAUCUGACUGCUGCUAAAUGGUGGAUUGGUGGUUUGGGUGUCGCCAGUACGCACGCUGUUGUACAGGCUCAACUAGUGAUUGCUGGAAAAUCACACGGUCCUCAUCUAUUCAUCGUUCCCAUCAGAUCGCCAAUUGAUUUGAAGCCUUGCAAGGGUGUUCGAGUAGGCGACAUUGGACCCAAGGCUUACGGUGGUUUUGCUACUACAGACAACGGAUAUGCUCUCUUUGACAAUGUUCGUAUUCCUCGAGAAAAUAUGCUUAUGAAGUUUGCUCAAGUUACCAAUGACGGUAAAUACAUUCCUCCUGUCCACAACAAACUGUCCUAUGGCAGCAUGGUAAAGCUUCGUGUGGAUAUUGUUACUGACGCUGGCUGGAAGUUGGCAAAGGCCACCACCAUUGCAAUUCGUUACUGUACAGUGCGCCGUCAAUUCCACAACCCUCCUACCUUCAAAUCCGAUAAUAAUCAACUGGAAUCUCAAGUUAUUUCCUAUUCAUCUGUUCAACAUCGAUUGAUGCCUCUUUUAGCCAAUGCUUACGCUCUUAUUAUAGCUGGCGAGGGCUUGUACUCUCAAUUCAACCAACUCAUGGCGCAAUUAGAAUCCAACGACGCAAAGCUACUGCCUGAAAUCCACGCUACUUCUUGUGCUCUCAAGAGUUGGAGCACGCGUCGCUCUACUGAUGGCAUAGAGGAAUGCCGUAAAGCUAUGGGUGGCCAUGGCUACUCCAUUUUUAGUGGUGUCGCUGAUUUGUUUGCCACCUUUGUGCCAUCCAACACUUAUGAAGGCGAUAACUUUGUAUUGGCCCAACAAGUCGCUCGCUUCUUACUUAAGCAGUUGCAGAAUGUCGUCAAAGGAAAGCAAGUUACAUCCACCACGGCUGAAUACCUCUAUACUUUGGUUGAAGGAACGGAUCAAGUCUUUCGAUUUGAAGAUGUCAGUCAACAGAUUUUGGAUCCUGAGGUGCAGCUCAAGCUCUUUAGCAUGCGCUCUGCUCGUCUUGUUGCUGAUCUUGGUCAACAGUUGCAAAACGGAAGAGAGUGGUCUGAUUUGAACAUGGAGUGUUGGGCAAUCAACCUUGCGCAUGCCGAGUAUUUGAUUCUCAAGACUUUGAUUGCCAAGAUAAAGGCAGUGGAAGCUUCUGAAUAUGCCAACUUGGCUCCUACAUUGAAGGCCAUUUCAGACUUGUUUUGUUUGUCCACAUUGGGCUAUUCAUCAUUAGCCACCUUCCUAUCCACUGCUACUAUCCAUCCUUCAGAUCUCAGCAGACUAAACGAGAAAUACCGUGAAGCCAUCUCUAAAAUCUCUAACAAUGCUGUACCGCUGACAGAUGGUUUUGGCUUUACUGACAGAGAACUCAACUCUGCUUUGGGUAAGCAAGACGGCCGUGCCUACGAAGCAUUGUGGGACGCUGUUCAAAGGAAUCCCGUCAAUGGUGAAGAAGAGAAAGCUAAACUCGGAAACUUGGUAUUGGAAAUCCUUCAUCGUGGAAACAACUUGGAAUACAUCAAAUCUGCUAAAUUAUAG